CCCUGCUGCCCGCACUUGGUACGGCCGGGCGGUUGGCUUCCUCGGUGGCUGCAGCCAGGGGCGGGUUUUUCAAAUCUCCCGUUUGGAGGAGUGGUGGCGGCCCCGGCUGUUUGCGCUGGAGAUGGAGGAGCAGACGCCGAAGGAGCCCGAGCUCGGCCUGACGGGGCCUGGCGCCCAGCAGGACUGCAGCAUUCAAGAAAAAAUAGACUUAGAAAUUCGAAUGCGAGAAGGAAUAUUGAAACUCCUUUCUCUGAGCACUCAGAAGGACCAGAUUUUACAUGCAGUUAAGAAUCUCAUGGUGUGCAAUGCUCGGAUAUUGGCUUAUACAUCAGAACUACAGAAGUUAGAAGAGCAGAUUGCAAAUGGAACUGGAAGAUGUGAUGUGAAUUUUGAAAAUAAAGAAAGAACAGCAUGUAAAGGAAAGAUUGCCAUAUCAGAUAUUCGAAUACCAUUAAUGUGGAAAGACUCUGAUCACUUCAGCAAUAAAGAACGUUCACAACGAUAUGCCAUUUUUUGUUUGCUCAAAAUGGGAGCUAAAGUUUUUGAUACUGACAUGGUGAUUGUGGAUAAAACAGUUACAGAUAUAUGUUUUGAAAAUGUAACCAUAUUCAGUGAAGCAGGGCCAGACUUUCAGAUAAAGAUGGAGGUGUAUAGCUGCUGUACAGAAGACUCCUCCAUAGCCAGCACACCUAAGAAGCUAGCAAAGAAACUUAAGACAUCCCUAAGUAAAGCUACAGGAAAGAAAAUUCACUCAGUACUUCAAGAGGAUGAUCAUGAAAAGUGCUUGCUCUUCAGCUCAGCUGUUUUUGGUGCAAAAUAUCAUUUGCUGGCUUAUACUACUCUAACCUUGGAAAGUGCAGAGGACAGCUUUAAGACCCAUAAUCUGGCUAUUAAUGGAAAUGAGGAGUCCUCAUUCUGGCUUCCCCUCUAUGGCAACAUGUGCUGCCGAUUGGUCGCCCAGCCAGCUUGUAUGGCUGAGGAUGCCUUUGCAGGAUUUCUUAAUCAGCAGCAAAUGGUAGAAGGUCUCAUUAGUUGGAGAAGGUUGUAUUGUGUUUUGAGAGGGGGGAAGCUGUACUGCUUUUACAGUCCAGAAGAAAUUGAUGCUAAAGUGGAACCAACUUUGGUAGUGCCUGUUAACAAGGAAACCAGAAUUCGAGCAAUGGAUAAGGAUACCAAGAAAAGAAUCCAUAGUUUCUCUGUCAUCAACCCUGUUGCUGGACAAGCUAUCACUCAGAUUUUUACAGUUGACAGUAGAGAAGAUCUUCAGAAGUGGAUGGAAGCCUUUUGGCAGCAUUUCUUUGAUCUUAGCCAGUGGAAGCACUGUUGUGAAGAACUUAUGAAAAUUGAGAUUAUGUCACCACGGAAACCACCUUUGUUCUUGACAAAAGAGGCGACCUCAGUCUACCAUGAUAUGAGCAUUGACUCACCUAUGAAAAUUGAAAGUUUAACUGAUAUAAUACAAAAAAAAAUUGAAGAGACAGAUGGACAGUUCCUUAUUGGUCAGCAAGAAGAAGUCUCCCCACCUCCUUGGGCUGUACUCUUUGAUGGUAACCAUAAAAUGGUCAUUCAGAAAAAGAUACUGUCUCCUGAAAGUGAACACCUGCCCGAUGGGAAAGGGAAAAAGAGACGGGCUCCUCUUCCUCCUUCUGAUAAACCUCCAUUCAGCUUAAAGACACAGAGCAACUCAGAACAACCUGUUAAGGAUGACUGGGGAAACACAAGUACUUCCCGAACCUCACCUUUGGAGACCAGACUGUCAACCCUAAUGCACCACUUACAGAAGCCAACAGCUGCUCCUCAAAAACUGCUUCCUGCCAGGAGACGGAGUUUAACUGAUGGUAACCACAUAGACACUAAAACUAGCUUUGAAGCCAAGCCAGUGCCAGCCCCAAGGCAGAAAUCCAUCAAAGACAUUUUGGACCCCAGAUCAUGGUUGCAAGUAUAGAAAACCCUUAAUGUGUGAUACAUUUAACAAAAUCUGUAACUGUGAGGUUUAAUUCAGAGGCAUUAUAAAUGUAGUAUUAUUAUGUAAUUAUAGAAGUAAGUAUAAUAGUGAUUUACAUAAAUAAUUAAUAAGCUAUUAGGUAUAGAAAACCAUUUUAUGUUGAAGAAGCGGCUUUCUCUUUUACUUCUGAUUUUCAGAAUAUGAGUGAUUUUCCCUGCAGAGAGUAAGAGGCAGUUUGUAGACAAUAUCCUAAUUGUUAGAAGGGUUAAUUUAUUCCUAAAUUAGUACCAGGCAGUGAAUAAGCACUAGGCAGAAGAAAGCAUUAAAAUUUCUUUGGGGCAGAGACUGUCUAGUAAUUUAAAAUGUGUUAAAUAUGAGCCAUAUUCUCAUUGUGAGAAUUUUAAUACUAAUGGAAUGUUUCAAAGGUUUUAUUCAAACCACAAAUUAUAGAAUCCACCCAAGAAAAUUUUCUUCUUAGCAUUCUGGAAUUCUCAUCUAAUGGUUCACUGGCUCUCGCCUAUUGUUUAACUCACUAGUUUAUAGGCCUGACCUUUUAAAUUCUUGGGAUAAAUUUUGGAAUAUUAAAUUCUUCAUUUUUAAAGGGAACACAUAAUGUGCUAUUCAAAGUUGUUUCCUUGAUGAGCCCUGAAGUCCUAUUGACAUUAACUCUCAUUAAGUGAAGAAUAACAUCCAUUAGUUUAGACAAAUGGUCUGAAAUGGUCUUGCAUCUACUUUUUUCGAUGUGUGGUGCUAAUUUCCAUUGUGAUUUUGGAAUCUGGGGAAGUGAGUAGCUGAUUAACACCUUAAAAUUCAUUUAAUUCUUAUUUUAAAAACAGAUGGCAGAUUCAAAAAUAUCAGAAAAGUUGGCCAUGGUAAUUUUCAGAAUUAGUCCUUUUUAAAUAUUUUAAUCGGAUUUCCUUUUUCUAGUAAGAUUUGAUAUCUGCUAUUGAUAUUAUUAAUUAAAAGUCAUUUUUUUACAAUAAUGACAUUGGAAUCAUUUCCAUUGGAGGUAAUUUCCAUAGCAACUAAUCAUAGUGACCUAAACAGAAUUAUGAAAUCAAGUGAGAAAUAAAUAGAAAAAAGAGUGAAUAUCUUAAAGGAACAAAAAAAAUCAAUUUUUAUAAUAAUGCUUACUGUAAACAAGGACAGAAAAUCAGAAUUUCCAAAUGAAACAGUUUCCAUAAGGUGUCAGUAAUAGCACCAAAAAAUCUCAACUCACACUGUACCCUAAAUGUCAUUGCACAGAAAUAAAAAUAUAAGAAUUAAAUUACUGCCCUGUGUAUAAUCUCCAGAGAUCUUUUUAAAGCUAGUGAGAAUUCUUACUUGGAUGAGAACUACAUUAUUACAAAAUAAAGUAAACACUUGACCUACCCAAGGAAAAAAAAAACCCAUUCAUUUAAAUGGAGUCUUUUUUUUAUUUUUAGAUAGCAGAGUCUUUUUUCAUUUAUAGAGAGUGAUACAACUGCCAGGUUGCUUUUGUGUUUGCCCAGCACUCCUAAGAAGAAUUGGAACAUAAGGGAGUAAUGAUACAAAAGGUCUCUUGUGACUGGCAGCACCAGGACAGACAUAGUGUUGGUAAACAGAAAAUGCUAUAUGCUUUCUGAUGGAAUUUAGAAACAAUGACAUGUAUGAAAACCAAAAAAGAAAAAAAAAAGUUAUUUUUUUCUAAAUAGAAGUGCUUGCCAUUUCAGUAUAUGAUACACUAAAAGUAAAGGAUAUUGUGUGAAUAUUUUGUUCGUUAAAACCUCACUGCUGUUUUUGACAGCAUUUGUGAUGUCUUUGCCACCAAAUUAUUGAGCCAGAUGAUGCUGCAGGUGAAUUUGUUCCUGAAACUGGCAUCUGUGUUGUUUUCUUCCCUCCUCUCACUGAUGCCUUCCUUUAUUACAAACCAGUAUUAAAACGUCCAGGUGAUAUUCUUGUCCUUUCCUCUCAUGCAGAUUAUAGCAGGAAGGAUUUAAGUUGUACAGGAAAGACAGUUUAUUCAGAAAAGUUACCUAAGCAGUUGUGCCCUCAGAGGGGGACUUUGAACAGGUCUGAAGCAUUCUUGCUGUAGUCCUUAGGUGAUGCCUUAACCAAGGACCACCCCAGCCUUCCGACACUAUUUUUUAAAAUAUUUAUUUAUUUAUUUGAAAGGCAGAGUUAAAAAGAGGCAGAGGCAGAGAGAGAGAGAGAGAGAGAGAGAUCUUCUAUCUGCUGGUUCACUUCCCAGAUGGCCGCAACUGCUGGAGCUGCGCUGAUCCAAAGCCAGGAGCUAGGAGCUUCUUCCGGGUCUCCCAUGCAGGUGCAGGGGCCCAAGGACUUGGGUCGACUUCUCCUGCUUUCCCAGGCCUUAGCAGAGAGCUGGAUCAGAAGUGGAGCAGCUGAGACUCGAACCAGCGCCCCAUAUAGGAUGGUGGCUUUGCCUGCUGGGCCACACACCGGCCCCUCUGACACUAUUAAUCCCACUUCUGGAGGCCCAUCCUAUUCAUGGAGCCCUUAAAGACCACCAGAGUCCUCAGUUACACUUUCUGUGGCCCUACCCCCUUGCCAAAAAAGAAAGUUAUGGCAGACUUGUUUUUUUCUUUUUCAGUCCCUUCCUACCUUCCUUCCCUCAGUCCCCUACCUACCUUCCUUCCUUCCUUCAGUAUUUAAAAAAUAAUCUAAAAAUACUGAGCUAAACAUCGUAUCAAAGAGUUCAUCAAAACAAUGUUUGUCUCAUUUCCUAAACCGGAAGUUUAUGACAGAAAAAUAUGCCAUGUGAUAUGAAGAAUGUUCCAGCUCUUUAUGAGCUGGCUUUUCACGUUUCUUUGUCUUUUUAAUUUAUUUCCUUGUAUAUUAAGACUAAACCUUGAAACAAAGAAUUAGUUGUCAGACCUUAGUAAUAAUAAUUGGAGAUACAUGUCAGAAAAAAAACAGGUGUUUUAUAAUUCUGAUGAUCUGAAGAUAAUACCUAAAGACAAUUGGAGUUACAUACUAAGCUCUGGGAUAUAAAUUACUUAACAACAGCAUUACCAUAGUAUUGUUUUUAAUGGCUACAAAAUGGUAAGUUUUGUGUUUUAUCUUAUAAGAACAAAGAGGUAUUUUUCUUUUAUUACAAAUGCAUACCUCCUAAGGUGAACAGUUUUUCAAAAAUAUCAGGCACACCAGCUCUAGCUGAGUUUUGUUAAAUCCACCUUAACUGUCUACAGUACCCCCUGACUUCUUUUAAAUGGAUGUGAAUGUAUGUGGGAAACUAAAUCCAGUUAUUAUAAAUGCCUUAUCUUUAUUCUUUAGGAUCCUACUAAAUUUAUUUUACCCUAUUACUAUUUAUUAAAAAUGGAAGCCUCCUUGAUUUAGAGACAACUCAUGUAAGGUAGGUUAAGCAGUCAAGUAUUUCUUUAGGCUUAUGUUCAGUACCUCACCCACCUACUGAGAAGUUAAUUAAUUCAGUCCAAAAUGAAAUUAUAGGGCAGUUUGGUGCAAUUCAUGUUAAAUGCCAUUCGAAUGUAAUCACCUGUGUUACUCAGAAUGCAGAAAACCACGCUAAAGACAGAAUGUGCUAUGCCAUGGACAAGGAGAGAAAGGCUUUUGCUGGAAAAAUACCUUUCCCUCUUGUCAGAAUUGAUCAAAACUCAUUGUCUUAAAAGAAUAAAUUAUUGAACAGUAAUUAAACAUUAACUGAUGACCAUUUAUAAUCUCGUGGUUAUCUUCACUGGCCCUUGAGUCUUAAGCUAUAGUGUAGAUUGAGGUAACUUUCCACACCUGUAUUUCACAGGCAUCACUGUUUUUACAUGUUUACCUGCUUGCCUGUCACUGGUUCAUUGCUAGUGAUGGCCAUAUGAAAGCUAUUUAUGCUGGAUCAUGCAUAUUCUUAGUUAACUCUGAGAAAGAUGUUAUCUUGGAAAAAUUUAGUGGGGUAUGUUACUCUCUUGGAUGUGCUUGAAAAAUUGGAGUUAUUUGUCAUUUUUAUUUUUUGGGUUGAAUAUGGGUAAAAUGUCUAGAUUAAAAAGUAUUAAUCUGUCAUAAAAAUACUUUAAAUAUCAAAGGUAUUUGCUAAGAAAACCCAAGUCAUUUGAUUAAAACUCCUAUAUAUUAAAAGAUCUGAUUUAUGAAGACAUGAUAUAACAUUUCUCUUAGGUCCUCUCCGCAAUAGAUUGACAGGAGUAGACAAGGUGGUUGAUUCAGUUUAAUCAGAGAAAGUUUAUUCAGCAGCCAGUACCAGUUACCGUAAGACCAAUAUUCUGAUAGCCUUGAUAUAAUUAGCAUUUACUAAAAUGUUUGCAUUUAAUCCUUCUUGAAGUAUAGAUGCUCUUUGAAAAAUCCAUUGAUGUAAUCUUAUUUUUGGUUGAGUGAUCCAGAAUUUCCCUGGAGUUUAAGUCACUCUAAUGAUAAAUUAGGUACCUAGGAUAUUCAGUCACUGUUAGCCACAAGGAAACUCCUGAUUUUAAUUCACCUCCCUCAGUACUUAAUUUAUUCCCAUGGAGCACCUUAGGGGAGGGGGAGAGAAAUGAGCAAAUCUGCUUCAAUUACAGCUCUUAUUUCAAUGCUUUAUUUCUAAAUCUGUAGUAUGGUCAGAAAUCUUUAACAUUUCUUUUAAGGAAAAAACUUCCCCUCUCUAAGGAGAGAGGCCUACUAAUCUAUGUUCUUAGAUUAAAAAAAUGUCUUAAGGCUUAAUUUAAAAAAAAAAAAAGAUUAUUUUAUUUGAAAGUCAGAGUUACAGUUAGAGAGAGGGGAGAGGUCUUCUGUCCACUGAUUCACUCCCCAAAUGGCCAUAGUGACUAGAGUUGGGCCAGGCCAGAGCCAGGAACUUCAUCGUGCUCUCUCACAAUGGGUGCAGGGGCUCAAGCACUUAGGCUAGCCUCUGCUGCCCUCCCAGGUGUAUUAGCAGUGAACUGGAUCAGAAGUGGAGCAGCCAGGACUCCAACUGGCACCCAAAUGGGAUGCUGGCACUGCAGAUGGCACCUUAACCUGCUGCGCCACAGCGCCGGCCCCCUUAAGGUUUAAUUAAUGAGAACAAAAACUAUUACAGGCCUAUUAAUAAACAUUUUUUCUUGCCAGCGCCGUGGCUCAGUAGGCUAAUCCUCCGCCUUGCGGCACCAGCACACCGGGUUCUAGUCCCGAUCGGGGCGCUGGAUUCUGUUCCGGUUGCCCCUCUUCCAGGCCAGCUCUCUGCUAUGGCCCGGAAGUGCAGUGGAGGAUGGCCCAAGUGCUUGGGCCCUGCACCCCAUGGGAGACCAGGAGAAGCACCUGGCUCCUGCCUUCGGAUCAGUGUGGUGUGCCGGCCGCAGCGCUCCUGCCGCAGUGGCCAUUGGAGGGUGAACCAACGGCAAAGGAAGAUCUUUCUCUCUGUCUCUCUCUCUCUCUCACUGUCCACUCUGCCUGUCAACAACAACAACAAAAAACAUUUUUUCUUUAUCUCAGUAUAGGAAAAAUACUAAUCCUGACAUGUUUGAUAAUAAGGCAGGAUCAUUCCAAAUUUACUGCAAAUUGUGUUUUAAAUUGCAACCAUUUGCUUUUCAGAGAUAUGGAAAUCUUUUAAUGUGAAGGAGAGUAGAUUGAAAAGAUCCUAACUGCAUAAUCAUGCCAUGUCAUAAGACUGCAUCAAGACAUCAAAAUUAGUUGUUUUGCUGAAAAUGGAUGCUUGCUCAUCCUUUCCUUAUGCUGUCUGAGAUCACUAUGCCUAGACUGCCUUCUCUCACUUCAUGCAAGCUGCCUUCAAUCGCAGGCAGCCAACACUGGCAGCUUCCUAGUAGUACCACCUCGAAAUUCCCUAAGACUUCAGCCCUCCUCCACUUCCAGGGAUAGUGCAUCCUUCCUUUGUACUUCAUGUAUGCCUCUAUUAAUAUCCCAAACCCUUGUUUGUAUUUUUACAUCAACCUUGUAUAUUAGUUUUGUGAGUUUGUCCCUUCUUCACUUAGCAACUUCAUAAACUUAGCAACUUAAAACAGUACCCAUCUGUUAGCUCGCAUUUUGAUAAAUCAGAAAUCCGAGUAGGCUGAGUUGGGUUCUCUGCUGAGGAUCUCACCAAGCCAAAAUCAAGGUGUUGGCCAGGCUUUGCCCUGGAAUCUUGGAAAAACACCACUUCCCAGCUUUCUCUGGUUAUUGCUGGAAUUUAAUGCCUGGUGCUUGUAGGGCUAACCACUGGCAAAGGGCCAUUCUUAGCUUCUAGAGACUGCUCCAAGGACUUCCAUGUUUCCCCUCCAGUAUGCAGAGCCAGCAACAGUACAUUAAAUCUUUGUGCUUCAAAUCUCUGAUUUUUCUCUAUGCUACCAUUUGUUUUGCUUUUAAAGGGCUCAUGAGAUUUGAUGAGGGAUGCCCACCAGUAUAAUCUCCCUUUUGAUUAAUUUGAGGUCCACUGAUUACUAGCUUUAGUUGCAUCUGGGGAAAAAAAAAAAACAAAAACAAACUUUUGCAUUCAGUAUAAUCACAGGUGUGCUAUCCCGUCAUUUUCAUAGGGCAGGAAAUCUUGUUGUGCCAGAUUUUUCAAGGUCAGGAAGCAUGCCCUACUGACCUUUUAACCCUGCCAUAGAAUACUGCAAUGAGAGUGAGUACAGAUUAUUGGGUAUUUGUUAUGUGUAAUAUACCAUGUUAACUAUUUCACAUGAAUUAUUUAAUCAUUACCAUACCUUCCUGUUAGCCCCAUUUGACAGAUGUAGAGGAGUAGAAGACAUGCCUGGUGUCAUCCUGUACCAUGAUAGAGUAUGGUUUCUGGAAUUAGAUCUGGAUUAAAUUAUACCGCUGCUAUGACCUAGCUGUAUGAUUUGGGGCUGGUAUGUUGGAUUUUUUUUUUUUUUUA